AUGCUGGCAAUAGAACUUGGAACACUCAGGAUAUCAAACUCUACUAUUUUGCUUAUUAUUGAUGGAUUUGAUGCUAUUAUUACGUCAGAUGAAAGCGAAAUUAUUUGUCAGUUUCUCAACACCUGCAACGGUUGUCGUGCACUCCUUACACCGAAAAUGGUGUCAGAACAACAUCAAGCUCGAUCAAUCGCUUUGAUUGGUUUUGUCCCAAAUGUUUUGAAUGUGUUUGAUUUUAUUGGAUCACAGGAUGGCAAAACUUUAUCAUACACCAGCUUAUAUUCUGGUGAUUCAGUGAACAGCCUGGGAUUAGUAUUUGAUACAAAAGGAAUAUUAUUUCAAAAUAUCGACAGUGCAAGUUCUGAGAUUAUGCUCUCAUUCCAUGACAGUGGCGAUGCCUAUGUGCACAACUUCGUACGAAAUACCCGUCCAUCAAUAAUCCUUGGAAGUAGGAAAGGAAGUCAGUUACUGAAUCAUUUAGGUAACUAUGUCGGUAAGGCUUGGUCUGCCGAAUAUGGCUAUCGACAAUGCGGCACGAGAAACUUGCUACAAACAUCGGAAAACAUAUGGCCAUCAAUUACACUGGCACUUUUCAUUACAAAACCUAUUCCUUUUAUACGAGAAUUUUUGGCAGCAGUAAGCCGUAUAUCUUACCCAACUUCCAAAAUUGAUCUUUAUGUUUACAAUAAUCAGAAAUACAAUGAGAAAGAGGUUGAUGAGUUUUUGAAAACUGCCAGAAAGUUGUAUCGAACGGUGCAAUACGACGACAGUGAUACUGAAUUGGGUGAAAGAGAGGCCAGGAAGGCUGCUUUGAAUUUUGCUAAGGAAACGUUGAAUAAUUUUAUAUUCAUGCUUGAUGGCGAUGUUCAUCUGGUAAUACCUGAAACAUUACGACUCUUGGUUGAAACUGCUAUUGCUGGAAAAUUCGGUAUCAUUGCUCCGUUGCUAACUGUCCACGACACACUGUUUUCAAACUUUUGGGGUGCGCUAGACAGUAAUGGGUACUACUUACGUUCGGAAGAUUAUAUUGAGAUAGUAGAUGGAAGUCGAAUGGGGAUUUGGAAUGUACCUUAUAUCAGCAAGGCUAUACUUAUCAACAAGGAUAAGAUUAAGCUGCUUGAAGAUAGCUACACUUAUAAUGUUAUGAUUGAUGUCGACAUGAGUUUUUGUGAGUACGCACGAGCAAUGGGAUAUUUUAUGCACGUUGAUAAUCAACAUUACUAUGGGUUUUUGGUUGAUGCUGACGAUUUCGUUAACAAUGGUGAGAAGUUACAUCCAGAGAUGUAUGAAAUAUUCAAAAAUCGGCAUUUAUGGGAACAGCGUUACAUAACACCAAAAUAUGGUGAAGCAUUGAAUAGUGGGGAUAUCCUUCAGCCAUGUCCAGAUGUUUAUAACUAUCCUUUAAUGUCUGAAGAUUUCACGAAGGAAUUGAUUGAAGAAAUGGAGCAUUAUGGACAUUGGUCAAGCGGGAAAAACGAAGAAGGCCGUUCAGUUGGUGGAUAUGAAAAUGUACUAGCUGUUGAGAUGCACAUGAAACAAAUAAGUUUUGAAAAUGAGUGGCUAUACUUUCUUGAUGAAUAUGUUCGGCCAAUGCAGGAAAAGCUUUUUAUCGGAUACUAUCAAAAGCCAGUGGAAGCAGUAAUGAUGUUUGUCGCCCGACACAAGCAAGGUGGGCAGUCUUCGUUGUAUGCUCUCCACGAUGCUUCAACAUAUACUAUAGAUAUUCCUUUGAACAAGCGUGGUAGAGAUUACCAAGGUGGUGGUAUUCGUUAUGUUCGUUAUAACUGCACAAUCUCCUCAGACGAGAUCGGAUACGCAGCUAUGUUUCCGGGACGAUUAACCCAUCUGCAUGAAGGCCUUCCAGUUACCAGUGGAACUCAAUAUAUCGCUGUAUCCUUCCUGGAUCCAUAG